AUGUCUAAAGAUUCACACAACCCAGCGACCUGUCAAAACGACCCAAGUUUAUCAAAUUUUGCUUUCAGUUGUCAACCCCAUACUCCUGCCGAUGGAUCUCAUUUAGUGAAGCCUUUGACGCCGACCAAGAUCAAUAAGGGAAAAAACCUUUUUAUGCCAGCUGACGUGAAUCACACGGGUGAGAAUCUAGGGAAUCUUGGAUCAGAGAGCCAGCAUCUUCUCUUUGCCGAUAUUGAAAAACUAAUCAACCCUCACUACAAAACAUAUGAGGAGAUGACACAAUACUCGCGAAAGCGUUCUCAGUCAUGCUUGUCUCAAGAACAAGAAGGAAUGCAGCCGAAGCGGUGGUGCGGACCUUCGAACUCGCCUAGGACGCACGACUCACCCCAGCAUGAGUCGAAAGAACCAGACCAUCCAGGAUUAAACCAACCACCCCACACCCCUGCCAGUGACUGUGAUCAGACUUCCAACAGCAUGAUCGAUUCACAAAGUGAUUUAGAUGACUCUGGACAGCAAAGCAACCCUGAGCAGUACACAGAUACCGAUCAUUCCGAAUCAACUACUCCACCGUUGAGCCUAUCUAGCACUGUAUUGCUGCCUAGUCGACAUCCAAGAUCCGAAGUGCCUUAUUGUGCAUCAGAAGAUCAUAACUCGGCAUUACUAGAGAUCAUGAAUCAAUACAAUUCACGAAGGUCGCCUCAAUCCUCUGCCAAUGAUCACACGCAGCCUGAACCGAGCUCUCGAACCUCAAGCUCCUCCAAAAGUACUCCGUCUCACCAACUUGGAGCUUCCUACAGGCCUCACUCAACAGCUAUAGCAUCACCCUCUCAACAAUUAACUACUUGCCAGCAGCGCAACAUCUCAACUCCGUGUGUGGAUUCUCAGCAGGUUUUUUCAUCAAAUGAUCCGGUGCAAAGCUCACACAUACCUGAUGUUAGAUGCGCUCAACCAGAGCCACCGACAUUCUUGCCACCGGACGAAAAUUCGCGACCAUAUCUUACUUUACCUCAAACUCAACAAUCUUCCCAAACAGCAGCUUUGCCUCAUUACACUUACAACCAACUACCAAACUCUCGACCUGCUGUUCCGCCUGAAAUUCCUGAUAAACCUGCUCAGUACAGGCAAUUUCCAAUAUCUAAUGGUUCUCACUGGAGAUCGCAUAAUGAUAUCAACGGUCCUUCUGGUCCUUCUCCUCAGUAUAAUCCGUCUGGCCACAAUGCCGGACUUUUGACCUCACAAAAAGAGCUACUUCAACCUUCAGCAACUUCAAAUUUCAAACAACGUCAAACUUCUAAUCAGUCUCAGAAUCAAGAUUAUCCCACACACGGUCCAUGGGAUCAACCCGCUCAUAUCUCGUAUCCCGAUAUGGCUCUUCCCACUCAUCAAUAUCAUAUGACACCUUACAUGCAGCAUCAUUACAAUCCACAGCACACACACCAGCGUGAUAUCCAACAAAAUACGCUUCUCAGCCGUCCUAGCAGCCGCAUGUCCACCGAUCCCACGCACCAACAACUCAUGUCUACCGAUUACACCCACCAACAACAUAUGCUUUUCCGCCGUCCCAGCAGCCGCAUGUCUACCGAUCUACCUAGGUCUCCUAUCCCUCCCCAACAGCCCCAACCGCCUAGAGAUGCCACACGUCCCCUUUGCCCCCGGACAUCCCAUAAUUUCAGUCUACCCCAGCAGACACAAAUACACACUCCUCAUCGUCAACUCCCUCAGACACAGCAAUAUUCUGGCUCAAUAUCAAGUCGUCAACACUCAGCAAUGUCAAUGUCUUCUUCACAUGUUCAAGAUUUCCAACAUGAACUCGAUCAGACACCUGUACAUGCCAUGAAUUCACCUACCUGUAAGUUUCAAAUUUUGUGUCAUCUAUCUUCUUACAAAACCGUACACCUGAUGUUGAUGAGUACCGCUGAUCAAGAUAAUAUGGGUGCACCAGACACACAUUUAAAUGGUUUUGAUGACGACAACGAUUUCGAUAAUUUUGACAAUCCUGAUCUUUCAGAUGAAGGAAGCUCUGAUGGCGUCUUUGAUCUGGCGGAGGACCUUAGGUACAAAACUAAAAACUCUGAACGCCUAGCUCAACAAACGCGUCAACGACAUGACGGUGUCCGAUUGGACAAGCUGGCAAGGAAUCGCGCUGAAUGCUCCCAGUACGAACAACUUGCAAUCGCCAUUCAUGAUUAUGUAAAGCUAAUGAUGGGUAUUGAGCGCAAGCGCCGGGGCAGACCCACAUCCACUCAAAGUCUACCUGCACCCCCUUCCGAGAAGGAGUUCAUUACAUGGAUUGAACGUAAAGUCGAGCGCAGAAGGAUUAUUGAAAAAUGUGCAAAGGCUGCAAGUUCUCGCUACCUUCUUCGCCAUCCGCUUGCCAAACGUUCUCAACUGGCCAAAGUCGAAAAACACGCGGUUGAGACACAUCUCGCAACCCUGACGCCGAUGAUCUUGAAAACUCAGAGCAAAGAAACCGAAAGGAAUGCGGCCUCAGGGAGAGACAACGCCAGAAGGCAUCACAAAAACGAGUAUGUAAACUUCGAGAAAAGACCUUCAAAACUCAUUUCAAAAACGAGGUGGCACUCGGCCACAUCCUUUCAUUCUGAGGAUGAAAUUGACUCGAAUGGGGACCAGUUCCGUGUAAGAAAGGCCUGGAGAUCAAGAGACCUCGACAGUUUGAUCUAUGAAUUGGAUGAGAUACAUAUCACUGGACAGCUAGAUGACCGUAGUCACACUUCUGCUGUCAAAUCCUUGCGCCGUGGUACACAUCUGGUUGCAGGAGAAAUGGAGAACCUUAUGCGCCCACCACCAGGAUUUCCUAGGUCCUUAGUAGAUAGGCAUUUCAUCGACGGUAAUAUUUCAAGAGUUGAAAUGGCAGCCCUCAAUCUCUCUGGUCAAGAAUUUGAUAUACCAAGUAUGAUAGCGCAUGUAAGAUGGCUCCGGUCAAAAGUUGGCUCAUGA